CAAGACGGAUAUUCAACUUUGUUUUUUGUAAACCCGGAGCUUUCAUUUCGGCCUAUCAUUAACAAUUACACAUCAGCACCAAGCCAUCACAAGACACUGGAGUAAAUCCAAGAUGGCUGCAUCCAUGCAUCCACUGUUGGUAAGCCUCUCGUUAGCUAUUCUCCUGGGUUUGACCUCUCUGGGUGGACUGAACUCUCGGCCGUCAGGUCAAGCUUUAGCCCAGGUCAAUAACCAGACAACAGAGCCCUCUGUGGUGCCAGAAGCCGCACUGGCAACACCCACACCAGAUACGGAAGACAAAACAGUCCCAUCUGUCGGUAACCGUUGCUGGGGUUACUAUGAUGUCAUGGGUCAGUGGGACCCACCCUUCAAUUGUAACGCAGGUAUCUACCUGUUCUGUUGUGGUUCCUGCUUCUACCGCUUCUGCUGCCAGUUCAAAGUCCACAGUUUGGACCAGACUUCCUGCUCCAACUACGACACACCCGUCUGGGCAAACACCGGGAAACCAGCGGCACCCGUCACGGAAGUCCAAGAGGAACCAGACCGGGAUCGAACCCACAUGAUCGUGUAUAUUAUCUGUGGAGUGGUGGCAAUCAUGGUUUUGGUCGGGAUUUUCACCAAACUCGGGCUAGAGAAGAGUCAGGGAGGACAGACUGACAUGACCAACUCCAGAACUCUGACAGAGCUUCUGAAGCAGCCAGGGGAGGCAGGAAUGGUGGAUGGAACCGGGGUUCAUCAUCCUAUAGGGACCAACGGCAUCUCCGCCAGGGCACUACGCUCCAACAAUGAUCAUAACCAUUUGAACAAUGCAGCCUUGCCUCCCCUGGGUCCAGCCAUGGCCUUGUCUCAUCCUCACAACAACCUGGGUAUUGGUUUUAACAAGUACACCUCACUCAAGGCUGUGGACACGGCUGCAAGAGACUACUACAAGAGCUACCCAAUGGUAGAUUAUACACACCGCCAGUCCCCUCCCACUUUCCAGCCAAUCAACUUCCACCCCAAGGACAAGCCCUUUCUCCCGCCACCCGACAUCCACGCGCCACUGGCCAUCACCAUCAACGCCUCCCAGAUCCCCAAGCCUAAGAUCUCCAAGACCAACACCCAUCCACUCACCUCCAGCUCGGCAUUCAAAGCUUGGGACCCCAGUAAGAGCCACAUGCAGCACCCAGUGGCUUCCCACAUUGGCCUCCAAGGGCAGCAGCACCACUCCAUCCAGCAGCAGCAGCACCAGCCGCUGCACCAGCAUAACAGCCGGCGCCAGGCCUACUCCAACAAGAGGCAGUUCAGCAUCGAGACGCUGCCUGAGCUCUUCUCGCAGCCGCUGGGCUACGGCCACUCGCCGCACAUGCACCCCAAACACAAGGGACUGCCCACCAACAGCAAGACAGAGGUCACUGUCUGAACAUGGGGGUGUUUGGGUGAUUAGACAGAAGAGGAAACCAAGUGGGGUUGUAAGCAACUUUAAAAGAAAUGCUCAGAUAUCUUUUAUAUCCACUGCCGUAAUGGCGAGAGAGGAGCAGGCAAAUAUCAUGUAUAAUCAGAAUUUUUGUAACUCUGCGUUUUUCUCAUCAUUGUUGACAACAAUAAUAAUAAUGUGAGUUCUAUAUGUGUACUUUUAAGACCACUGGAUCAAAACAGCAGCAGAUAAGCUGUGAAGGUGGUGGAUUGGCAGGUGUUAGCUGUGACUCUUUGAACCCGGCGGGUCUUCUAAAUAAUUGAGUGGCCUCUCAGUGUGUUGGCACAGCUCUCUCCUCCUUCUCCUCUCAACCCCCUCGCACCUCAAUGACACUCAGCACUGCUCCGUAGCACCACUCCACCACGCACAAAUGUUCAAAUCCCACACACAGACACUAUUUACCCCACAAACGAGCACAGAUGCACUCGCUCUACCCACUUUUUCUGAGGCUGGUAUGGGAAGUGUUUCCCCUAAGACUUUGGCUCCUCAUCAGCAGAGACAAUGCCAUUGUGUUGUCAGCUCCAUUGCCCUCCAGCCCCUCUAGAGAGUGAGAUAUCAGCCUGGCAAUUCAUACCAGAGAGGAGGGCAGAGGUGGGGGA